UUGCGUUUGCGAUUGCGGUACGAGAAAUAAAAGUUUUUCGGUGUUUUAUUUGUAUUAUUACCAAUUAUUAAUCGUUUUUCAUUAUGAUUUGCAUAAAAUUAUGUUUCAAAAGUUGUUUGAGUGGAUAAAAUUUAAGUUAUUAUGUGAGAAUUAGUUGCAUGAAAUCAUCCAAGAAAACCUUAGGUAUCUGUAAAAAUGAUGUCUUCAAUGGCAUCAGGGGGCCCUGGUGAUCCACACACCCAAAUGAACACAUACCGCAGCUAUGUUACUAUGUUAGCAGACCCAGGCGCAAAGGAUGAGAUCAAACUUAAAGCUGCUCAAGAACUUAGUGAAAAUUUUGAGGUAAUAUUGAGCUCUCCUCAAUAUCCUCAGUUCUUGGAUCACUCACUUAAAAUAUUCCUAAAAAUAUUGCAAGAAGGAGAGCCUCAUUUUAUAGCCGAGUACAAUAUUCAGCAAGUACGCAAGUUAAUACUGGAAAUGAUACACAGAUUACCAAUAAGUGAAAUCCUGAGGCCAUAUGUCAAGAGUAUCCUUAUUUUAAUGCUGAAAUUGAUGGAAAUCGAAAAUGAAGAGAAUGUGCUAGUGUGUUUAAAGAUAUUUAUGGAACUGCACAAACAAUAUAGACCGGCAUAUAGCACAGAAGUGGAUAUUCACAAAUUCCUACAAUGGGUCAAAGGUAUUUACUCUGACCUGCCUAAUCAUUUACCAAAAAUUUUUGAGCCUAAACCAACCAUAAGAGUGAAAGACUUGUCAGAAGUCAAUAUUGAGCAGUUGCUGCAAGAAACAUACACCACUACACCUAUUCACACUGAGAAGAAAUUGCUUGAUGGCAGUGUUGUAACCUAUAAUCUUAUUCCAAGAUCAGUAUUAUCAUUAAAAGUCAUUCAAGAGCUACCAAUCAUAGUAGUUUUGAUGUACCAACUUUACAAGCAGAAUGUUCAUCAAGAAGUCAGUAAUUUUAUACCACUGAUCAUGGAGACCAUUACUUUACAACCUGCAGCUACACAUAGACAAUCGGCAUCAUUCAAUAAGGAAGUUUUUGUAGAUUUUAUGGGGGCACAGAUAAAGACAUUGGCAUUUCUAGCAUACAUCAUCAGAAUAUACCAAGACACCAUCGCCAAUCAUGCAAGUCUUAUGGUGAAGGGUAUUAUAGGAUUGCUGACACUUUGCCCGCCCGAAGUUGCACAUUUGCGCAAGGAGCUGGUUAUAGCAACACGCCAUAUUUUGGCAACAGAUUUAAGAUUAAAGUUUGUUCCUUAUAUGGAACGACUAUUUGACGAGGAAGUACUAUUGGGCGGCGGAUGGACGGUACACGAGUCCUUACGACCCUUGGCCUACUCUACCCUAGCGGAUCUGGUGCACCAUGUACGCCAACAUCUACCGCUCAGCGAUCUCGCCAUCGCUGCACAUCUGUUUUCCAAAAACGUCCACGACGAAUCUCUACCGACGAGUAUCCAGACAAUGUCGUGUAAGCUGCUUCUCAACCUCGUGGACUGUAUACGUCAGCGGUCGGAGAGCGAGGGGGCGGCGGCGGGCGCGCAACCACAGGGCAGGCAGCUCUUGAUGCGCAUACUCGAGGUCUUCGUGCUCAAGUUCAAGACCAUAUCCAAGCUGCAGCUGCCGGCUCUUAUGGCUAAAUGCAAUAAACAGAACACGGCCGCACCAAAUGGAGCAAAUGGAUCCCCAAACAAUCCGAGCACUCCGACAACACCCGCGCCUUGCACGUCCACUGCUUCCACAGCUGAGAUCAAAUUGGAGGAGGAAAAACCCAGCACAGAAUUUUUGGAAGGGCUCAAUAAACCUGAAGAGAAGUCUAAAAUCGGUUUCCCGACGUCUCAAGUCGGUAACCUGAAUGUUGGCGACUACAGAACUCUCGUCAAAACUCUCGUGUGCGGAGUUAAGACUAUCACAUGGGGAUGCGCGUCAUGCAAACAAGCGACAACAACAGAAGGCACAACUACCCCCGCCCUCACAGGUCAGAAACAGUUCAGCGCGCACGAGACUCUAGUGUUCAUACGUCUGGUGCGCUGGGGCCUGCAGUCGCUCGACAUAUACACGCUGGCGGGCGCACGCGCGGCCCCGCCCCCCGCGCCGCACGCCCCUCACGCACCGCACCCACCCGCGCAGCCGCUAGUACGCUCGAAGGAGGAGAAGGAAGUUCUUGAACAUUUCAGCGGCGUGUUCUCCAUGAUGAAUCCCCAAACUUUUCAAGAGAUAUUCACCGCUACCAUAUCUCACAUGGUUGAAAGAAUCAAUAAGAAUCCGACUUUACAAAUUAUAGCGAAUACAUUUUUAUCAAAUCCCGCGACAUCGCCUAUAUUCGCCACGGUAUUGGUCGAGUACCUUCUCAAAAGGAUGGAAGAAAUGGGCACUAAUAUAGAGAGAUCAAAUCUCUACCUGAGACUCUUUAAACUUGUUUUUGGUUCCGUUAGUUUGUUCCCAACUGAUAAUGAACAAAUGUUGAGACCUCAUUUGCACAGUAUUGUUAACAAAGCGAUGGAUUACGCUAUGACUGCGAAAGAGCCUUACAAUUACUUCUUGCUACUGAGAGCAUUAUUCCGCUCUAUUGGUGGAGGCAGUCAUGAUCUACUUUACCAAGAAUUUUUACCGCUUCUGCCUAAUUUACUGGAGGGACUAAACAGACUUCAGAGUGGCUUACAUAAGCAGCACAUGAAGGACCUGUUUGUGGAGUUGUGUUUGACAGUUCCCGUGAGGCUCAGUAGUCUCCUCCCUUAUUUACCAAUGCUUAUGGACCCCCUAGUCUCGGCUCUGAACGGCUCCCACACCCUUAUAUCCCAAGGUCUUAGGACACUGGAGCUCUGUGUGGACAAUUUGCAGCCUGAUUUCUUAUACGAGCAUAUUCAGCCUGUCAGAGCAGAUUUAAUGCAAGCCCUAUGGAGGACCUUGCAAAAUAACGAGGUCGCUAGGAUCGCGUUUAGAGUUCUCGGAAAGUUCGGCGGCGGUAAUCGCAAGAUGAUGAUCGAACCGCAGCGACUGGACUAUCGCGAAACAGACGCACCGCCGCCGGCGAUUCAAGCGUACUUCCAAGAUCAGCCGAAACCGAUCGAUUUUGAGGUGGACAAAGUUAUAGAAACUGCUUUUACGGCGUUAAAGUCGAGUACCACAGAUCCGUUCUACAGGCGACAAUGCUGGGAGGUGCUGCGGUGCUACCUAGCGGCGUCCCUCAACUUGGACGACGACAAAUCGACUCUGCAAAAGCUUUUCAAUCACCCGAGUUUCGUGGACGGGCCCAUCCCCGCACAGAACGGUCCGUACUACAAGUGCAGCAACACCAUCGUCAGAAACACGCACCAAACGGCGCUGACGGGCAUGUUCGUCGCCGCCGCUAUCAAGGAGCUGCGACACCACGUUCUGCCGACUAUGGUGUCCCUAGUAAGGCACUACACGUUAGUCGCUAUCGCUCAGCAGGCCGGACCUUUCGCCGGCUCGGGCGGACCGAAGGAGGGUCUCGACGCGCUAGUAAUAGUUGACGCCAUCGCAGUCGUGAUGGGCCACGAGGAGAAGGAGCUGUGCAAACCCGGGCACCUGGCUCUGGUGCUGAUGAUCGAGACUGCCGCUACAGUACUAAACAGCAAGGAGCGAGCUUGCCGGCUGCCGCUAAUGGAGUACCUGGCGGAACGAAUGUCGGCGCUGUGCUACGAGCGCGCGUGGUACGCGAAGCUGGGCGGGUGCAUCGCCGUCAAGUUCAUGUUCGAGAAGAUGGCGCCGGAGUGGGUGUACAAGCACGUGUUCACGUUCCUGAAGGCGGUGCUGUUCGUGAUGAUGGACCUGACGGGGGAGGUGUCGUCGGGGGCGAUAGACAUGGCGACGAUCAACCUGGAGCGGCUGGUACGGGUGUGCGUGGCGGGACCGGGCGGCCAGGCCGGGGAGCCGGAGGGCGAGGUGGCGGCGGCGAAGGCGCGCGCGCUGCACGACGUGCUACAGGAACUGGUGUUGCAAGUCACCAGCCCGCACCUCCUUGUUCGACAACAGGCCAUGAAAUCAUUAGAACUGAUCGCGAACUUGCAAGGGAAGACUAUAACGGAUGUAAUGGAUCCGCACCGCGAUGUCUUGGCUGACAUUAUUCCACCGAAGAAGCACUUGCUACGUCAUCAACCUGCCAACGCCCAAAUGGGUCUCAUGGAUGGAACUACAUUCUGCACUACUUUGAAGCCAAGAUUAUUUACAAUUGAUCUCAAUGUAAAUGAGCACAAGGUGUUCUUCCGUGAGCUGCUUUCAUUAUGUGAAGCUGAAGACGCUAUGCUGGGAAAACUACCGUGCUACAAGGGAGUUAACUUGGUACCUCUACGCGCGUCGGCGUUACGGGCCCUAGCCGCUUGCCACUAUAUACAGGAGAAACAUUGCAGGGAAAAGAUAUUCCAAGUUCUGUACAAAUCUUUGGAGAAAAAUGAUCAAGAAUUACAACAGGCUGGCUUUGAGUGCAUGCAGAAGUUCCUAUCCGGAUUCCAAAUCGAUAUGGAAAUGGUUCAUCCUGUGAUGCGGCCGCUGCUGCUGACUCUGGGAGACCAUCGCAACUUGAGUGUGAACGGCGCUAAACGCCUGUCUUACCUCACACAACUCUUCCCGUCCACUUUCAGUGAAAAACUUUGUGAACAACUGCUUCAGUUGUUAAAGAAACUUCUGGAUUAUUCUAUACAAACUAAUAGAGGAGGCAACUUCCUUCAAAGCGUAUCGAAGAAUAUGGAGAACGAGCAGAAAAUAAUAAUACUGAUCGGCAUCUUCCAUCAAAUACCGGCCGCGUCGCCUCGCUUCAUCGACGUCCUGUGCCGUCUCAUAUUCCACACGGAGAAGACACUGAUGAUCGAAGCCGGCUCGCCAUUCAGGGAGCCGCUUGUUAAAUUCUUACUCAGAUAUCCAAAAGAAACUCUGGAGCUGGUGAUGAGCGACAACAACAUGAAGGAUGCCCAAUGGAGUCGCUUCCUUGUCUAUUUAGUGAAGCAUCCCGAAAGUGGGGGUGCAUUUCGCGAGGCGCUGCGGGGGCCUAAAAGACCCCGCCUGUUGCAACUACUAGCGGCCGACCGCCCAGAGCUGACGUAUCAGGCAGUGCGGUUAGUGUCACUGCUGGUGAAGUUUGACCCCGAAUGGUUAUCAGCGCAGCAUGACUUGGUUGAGCUGCUGCAGCGUAUAUGGUGUAGCGAUCGUUACCAUGAAAUUCACAAGAAAGUGGAAAACGUAGAUUGCACUCACUGGAAAGAACCAAAGCUGAUUGUGAAGAUAUUGCUACAAUAUUUCUGUCAUCACCCAAAUAACAUUGAUCUCCUGUUUCAAUUGUUGCGAGCAUUGUGCGAUCGUUUUAUACCAGACUUUCAGUUCCUUCGCGACUUUCUGGAGAACACUGUGGCUCAAAACUACACAGUCGAGUGGAAGCGGCAAGCGUUCUUCCGUUUCGUGGAGCAUUUCCAGAGCGAUGCGAUGUCGCAGGACCUCAAAGCUAAAGUCCUGCAGAUGAUAUUGAUACCGUGCUUUGCUGUUAGCUUCGAGAAGGGGCAAAAGAUUGUAGGCGGCCCCCCUGCUCCGUACCAAGACAAUCCGGACAAUGUGGUUUCAGUCUUUAUAAAUAACGUAAUAGACCCAGAGAAUCCAUUUGCGUGUUCCGACGCGGUUCGGAUAGCGCUGCUCCAGUUCGCGUGUUUGUUGCUGGAGCAGGCGUCAGCUCAUAUCCACGACGCCAACAACAAGAAGCAGGGCAACAAGCUGCGCCGCCUCAUGACCUUCGCCUGGCCCUGCCUGCUCGCCAAGAACUACGUGGAUCCCGCUACCAGAUACCACGGGCAUCUCCUGCUGAGCCACAUUAUAGCGAAAUUCGCAAUUCACAAACGAAUCGUUUUACAAGUGUUCCACAGCCUGCUAAAGGCGCACGCGGUCGAAGCGCGCUCGGUUGUGCGCGCGGCGCUAGAAAUACUCACGCCAGCGAUGCCGCAGCGUAUGGAGGACGGUAACACCAUGCUCACGCACUGGACCAAGAAGAUCAUAGUCGAAGACGGUCACUCCGUACAACAGCUGUUCCAUAUUUUGCAGCUAGUCGUGCGUCAUUACAAGGUGUACUACCCGGUGCGUCACGCUCUGGUGGGUCACAUGGUGGCGGCGAUGCAGCGGCUGGGCUUCUCUGGCACCGCCUCACUCGAGCACCGCCGCCUGGCAGUCGACCUGGCCGAGGUCGCGCUCAAGUGGGACCUCCAGAGGAUACGGGAUCACACCCCGGAGGAUUCUAUUGUAUCAACGUCACCAAGCGGCGCGAUCAAGCGUAUAUCGUCCGAGGAGAGCGGCAGCGAGUCCCGCAAAGCGCUGAACACGGGCUGGGCCAGCCCCCAGGCGAGCACCGCGCGUCUCGAGCCCGAUGCCGCUAAGCCGCUAGAGAGACAACACGUGGACGUCGUCGUUAACCUGCUGCUGCGGCUCGCUUGCCAGGUGAACGAGGGCACAGUGGGCGCGGCGGCGGCGACGGCGGCGGCGGCGUCGGCUGGCGCGGCGCCGGGUGCGGGCUCGCCGGGCGAGCAGCUGUCACGACGCUGCGUGCUGCUGCUCAAGGCCGCGCUCAAGCCCGACGUGUGGCCGCAUCUGUGCGACCCAAAACUGGCCUGGCUUGACAAGGUGUUCUCGAGUGCGGACAGCUCGGCAGCAGCGUGCGCGAACGCGUGCACGGCGCUCGAGUUAGUCGUGUUCUUGCUGGGCGUGCUGCGGCGAGACCAGGUGUUGGCCGCGCUCAAGCCGCUGCAGCGGGGACUCGCGGCCUGCGUCGCGUCUACUAACGCGAAGAUCGUGCGGCUCACCCACAACUUACUGGCAAAGUUGACGGCGCUCUUCCCCACCGAGCCGACCGGCGCCGCGCAAUCCUCGAAGUACGAGGAGUUGGAAACGUUAUACGCGUGCGUCAGCAAGUACGCGUUUGAGGGUUUAGCGACGUACGAGAAGAGCGCGGCGGGCGGCGGCGCGGGGGGUCUUCUAGGCCCGCUCAUGAUGCUGAAGGCCUGCUGCGCCUCCAGCCCCGGCUACGUUGAUCGUCUGCUGCUGCCGCUCAUGCGUGUCCUGCAGCGCAUGGCCAGGGACCACGUCGCGCCUAACCCUGACGCCACUACGUCGGACUUGUUGAUACUAGCAUUGGACCUCUUAAAAGCAAGAGUCGCGGUGAUGCCGGGCGAAACGAGGAAGACGUUUAUUGGCUCAAUAUUAGUCGGUCUUAUAGAGAAGACGAAUGAUGCAAAGGUGAUGAAAGCGAUAACUCGGAUGGUUGAGGAAUGGGUAAAAUAUAAAGGCGCAGCGCCAGCGGCAGCGCCGUCCUUACGUGAGAAGUCCAUACUGCUCGUGAAACUCAUGCAAUACGUCGAAAAACGAUUCCCUGAUGACUUGGAGUUGAACGCACACUUCCUUGACCUCAUCAACUACGUCUACAGGGACGAACAUUUGAAAAUGACGGAACUAUCGAUGAAGCUAGAACCAGCUUUCCUUGCCGGCUUGAGAUGUCCUCAGCCACAAAUAAGAGCAAAAUUCUUUGAGGUGUACGACCAAAGUGUGCGCAGGCGCAUCUUUGAUCGCCUCUUGUAUAUAAUUUGCUCUCAGAACUGGGAGCAUAUCGGACAACACUUCUGGAUCAAGCAGUGCUUGGAAUUGCUACUUGUGACGUGUGUGUCGAGUACUCAAAUUAGACUAUCAAACACAAAGUAUUUGUUGCCCAACAUAACGUCAGUUAUAAACCUUGCGGAUAGCGAGGAGAGAAAAUCCUUCAUGAUAUUUAGCAGCGUCAAAGAGGAGACCAUUGAGGGGUUCAACGACUCUCUCGACCCCGAGAAAGAAGACGUUCUAGACAUGGAUCUAGAUUCCAGUUCAAACCAGAAAGAUGAUCUAACAAAGAAUGUUCCUAAUCGGCAAAAGUCCCUUAACCAGAUCGUGGCCAAGCAAUCGGAGUUCCUGGAGCUAGCGCGGCGCGUGCGCACCGAACAGUUAGUAGUGGCGGCGGCGCAGUUGGCGCACAUGGACGACGCGCUGGCGCACCACACCUGGCUGCGCCUGUUCCCGAGACUGUGGUCGGCGCUGGACGAGCGGCAGCUGGGGACGGUGAUGAACGAAAUAGUCCCGUUCAUAAUAUCGGGGGUGCACGUGAUACAGAGAGACCAGCCUCUGAGUGCACUCAACACGUUCAUCGAAGCGCUGGCCAGGUGUAACCCACCUGUGGCAAUUAAACCUCCCAUGAUGAAAUAUCUCGGGAAGACUCACAACCUUUGGCACCGCAUGACGCUCAACUUGGAGCAGAUGGCCAUAGACCAAGCAAGCAAUCGCACCAACAGAGAUGCUUUGGAGAUUUACGAUUACGACGCAGAAACUACCACACCCACUGAAAUAUUAGACUCUCUAAGCGAUAUGUAUGAAUUGCUCCAAGAAGAAGAUAUGUGGUCCGGAUUGUGGCAGAAACACGCGCGAUACAGAGAGACGAAUGUUGCGAUCGCUUACGAGCAACAAGGUUUCUUUGAACAGGCUCAGGCUGCGUACGAUAUUGCCAUGGGUAAAUUGAAACAAGAAUACGCGGCUAAUCCAUCGUCCUACACCAUGCAUAAGGAAUGCACACUCUGGACAAACCAUUGGGUCAAGUGUGCGAAAGAACUAAAUCAAUGGGAUUCCCUACUAGAUCUUGGAUUGACUAGAAACGUUAAAGAUCAAUUCCUUAUCCUAGAAAGCUCCUGGAGGAAUCCCAACUGGCCAACGAUGAAAGAUGCUUUAGCAGAAGUUGAAUACAACUGUCCUAAGGAAAUGGCAUGGCUGGUAAACCUGUACCGCGGCUACCUGUGCAUCUGCGCGGGCGGCGAGCAGCAGCUGAGCGGCGUGGAGCGGCACGCGGAGGCGGCGGCGGCGCAGUGUCUCCGCGAGUGGCGCCGCCUCCCGCGGCUCGUGUCGCACGCCCACCUGCCGCUGUUGCGGGCGGCGCAACAGCUGAUGGAGCUGAGCGAGGCGGCGCAGAUACACACCGGCCUGCUACACAGUCGGCCGACGUCGUUGCACGACAUGAAAGCGAUUGUCAAGACGUGGCGAAACCGGCUGCCCGUCGUCGCGGACCCGCUGUCGCACUGGGGCGCCAUCUUCACCUGGCGCCAACACCACUACCAGUUCAUCGCGUCGCACUACGACUCACAGAAUGACCACGCCUCCAACCAUAGCAUGUUGGGAGUGCAUGCUAGCGCGCAGGCCAUUAUCCACUUUGCGAAAAUCGCAAGGAAACACAAUCUCUCCGGCGUCUGUCUGGACUCGCUGCACAGAAUAUACACGAUUCCGAGCGUCCCCAUCGUAGACUGCUUCCAGAAGAUAAGGCAGCAGGUUAAAUGCCACAUCCAGAUGUCGUGGACCGAGGGCAAGGAUGAAUUGCAGGAGGGACUGGACAUGAUAGAGUCCACCAACUUUAAAUACUUCACCAAGGAAAUGACAGCGGAGUUUUAUGCGUUCAAGGGGCUGCUGCUAGCCCAGUUGGGGCGCUCCGAGGACGCCAAUAAGGCGUUCGCAGCUGCCGUCCAGCUGCAUGACACGCUGGUUAAAGCCUGGGCGCUGUGGGGUGAUUAUUUGGAGCAGAUCUUCACGAGAGACCCGCGCCAGAUACAAGUGGGCGUGUCAGCCAUGACGUGCUUCCUGCACGCGUGCCGACACCAGAACGAGUCAAAGUCGAGGAAGUAUUGUGCUAAGGUACUCUGGAUGUUGAGUUUCGACGACGAGAAAAAUAGUCUCGCGGAGGCGCUAGACAAGUACUCAGUGGGGGUGCCGCCUGUGCAGUGGCUGCCGUGGAUCCCGCAGCUGCUGGCCUGCCUCGUGCAGUAUGAUGGCAACGUGAUACUGAACCUGCUCAGUCAUGUCGGGCGGCUGUACCCGCAGGCGGUGUACUUCCCCAUCCGCACGCUCUACCUCACGCUCAAGAUCGAGCAGCGCGAGCGACACAAAACCGCCGAGAACGCCCCAGCGGCUGCUACAGCGGCCACCAAGGCGGGCGAAGGGGCGUCAACAUCUGGGGCGGGGGGUGCGGCGGAGGCGGGGCCCAUCAAGGCCACUCUGCCAAUGUGGCGCUGCUCCAAGAUCAUGCAGCUGCAGCGUGAGAUACACCCAACUGUGCUGUCCUCGCUAGAGGGCAUCGUCGAUCAAAUGGUGUGGUUCCGUGAGAACUGGUACGAGGAGGUGCUGCGGCAGCUGCGGGCGGGGCUGGCCAAGUGCUACGUGGUGGCGUUCCAUCACCGCGCCGCCGCCGCCGCCGCCCCCGUCACGCCCCACACCCUCAACUUCGUCAAGAAAGUCGUCUCCACCUUCGGCAUCGGGAUCGGGAUUAAAAAUAUUUCAAGUUCUGCAUUCUCUUCAGCCGCGUCGGAGAGUCUGGCGCGGCGGGCGCAGGCGACGGUGCAGGAUCCCGUCUUCCAGAAGAUGAAGAGCCAGUUCACCGCAGACUUCGACUUCACCCAACCCAACGCCAUGAAGCUGCAGAACCUCAUACAGAAGCUCAGGAAGUGGGUCAAAAUACUCGAGGCCAAGACCAAGGUGCUGCCCAAGUCCUUCCUGAUAGAGGAGAAGUGCAGGUUCCUGUCGAACUUCAGCUUAAAGACGGCGGAAGUGGAGCUGCCCGGGGAGUUCCUCCUGCCCAAGCACACGCACUACCAUGUGCGGAUAGCGCGCUUCAUGCCGCGAGUCGAGAUCGUACAGAAACACAACACGUCCGCACGACGUCUAUACAUACGGGGACACAACGGCAAGAUAUACCCGUACCUAGUCGUUAACGAUUCCGGUCUGGGUGAUGCCAGGAGAGAGGAACGAGUGUUACAACUGCUGAGAAUGUUAAACCACUACCUCGGCAAACAGAAGGAGACUUCGCGAAGGUUUUUGCAUUUCACCGUGCCGCGAGUCGUGUCCGUCUCCCCUCAGAUGCGCCUCGUCGAGGACAAUCCGAGCUCCAUCUCUCUACUAGAUAUUUAUCGCACUGAAUGUGCAAAUAGGGGUUUGGAGUACGACGCGCCGAUAGCGCGGUACUACGAGCGGCUGGCGGCGGUGCAGGCGCGCGGCUCGCAGGCCUCGCAUCAGGUGCUCAGGGACAUAUUGCGUGAGGUGCAAGCGAGCAUGGUGGGCGUGGGCAUGGUGAAGUCGUGGGCGCAGGGGGCGCUGGAGUCGCCGGCGGAGUACUGGACGUUCCGCAAGCUGGCCACGCUGCAGCUGGCGCUGGCGGGCGCGGCCGAGUACGCGCUGCAUCUCACCCGCCUCGCGCCAGACCAGCUGUACGUGCAUCGCGACUCCGGGCUCCUCAAUGUGGCGUAUUUCAAGUUCGACGUUGACGAUACUACAGGUGAGCUGGACGGCAACCGGCCGGUGCCGUUCCGUCUGACGCCGAACAUCGCGGAGCUGGUGACCAACAUUGGCGUUACCGGGCCCCUCACCGCCUCCAUGAUCGCCGUGGCCCGCUGUCUCGUCACACCCAACUUCAAGAUACAAUCGAUCCUUCGGACGAUACUGCGCGACGAGAUGGUGACUGGGUACCGGAAGCGGAUAGAGGACAAGUCGGGGCUGGCCACCGCCGACACCAAGCCCAUGGAGAUGGACAACGAGACCAUCAUCAACAUGGUCAACAAGGCCGUCACCGUCAUCAUGAACAGGCUCAACUCGCUCGCCCAGUUCGACGGCCCCGACUCCAAGGUGGCCACCCUGGUCACCGCCGCCAACAGCCACGACAACCUCUGCCGCAUGGACCCCGCGUGGCACCCCUGGUUGUAAGCGACCUUAACCUGGUUGUAACUUUGGCUUUAUGGUGGCAACCCUGACUGUACUAUAUAUACUUGGUUAUGACUUAUGAAGACGUAACAACACUGAUGAUAAUAUGGUAAGCCCUGCUAAACGCCGUUACUCUGAUUAUCUUGCCGACUGGUAUCUCUGGAUAUAACGUAGAUAAAAGCAGAGGAAAACAAAUGAAAUCUAAUGAGAUGAAAUGUUGUAACAUGUAAGUUACGCACUUUAUAUUUCUAUUAAUGACACCCACUAACAGAAUAUGUUGGUAUUGUCCUUUGGAAAACAAUUACAGACCAAUCACGUUGUUAUUGUCCGUCGGCAAUUGUUUUAAUGUAUGAAAACGACAGAAGAUGUAUAACGACUACAUCUUAAAGGCAUUAGGAAGGCAUUUAAGAGGGUGGACUGGAGAAAAUUUUCUAUUGCGUAAUCCCAACCGAAUUCGCGUACUAUACUAGAUACUACUUAUAAGAAUAAUAUUAUUGUGUUAUGAUUUGUUUACAUGAGUGCGGUAAAUACACACGAGCCGGGGUUGAAAAUCGAUAUUUUAUUUAUAUCGAGUCAUUAAUUCCUAUAGAAUCACCCGUGAAUUACGUACAUAAUAUUAUCUCGAUUAUCCGAAAUCCGUACUAGCGUAAUCGUUGGUAGAUUCUUGAUGAAGUGUUUAUAUUUUAGUCUAUGGACUAUUGACUGAAUGUGAUUUGUUGUAAGCGUAUUAGACGUACUUUUAGUUUGUAAUUAUGAUAAGUGAACUUUUAGUGUCGAAGGGCGCUAAUAAAAUUUAUGAAUAAUA